CUCCGCGAAAGGGUGUGCGUUUUGAAGGUUGUAUGAAGCUAAACACCACCGCAGACAGGAGCUGUCGCCACUUGCCUUGACAACCCCGGGACGAGCCUGUGACGCCGGGUCAGACCAAACCCCAAGUCUUCCCUCCUCAUCCUCCCGCUUGAACAGAGCCCCCCCCGACCAAGGUCUCGUCCUCCCGGGGAACACACGGUGGAAAUGCCGCAUACACGGACACUGAUAUCAAAAAGUUGAAAUACUUAAGUGCGCGGCAAAAUGCAAUGUGGCAGCAGUGUGGCUUCUCCUCAAGGUCAGUAUCUGAGCACCGCCGCCUCACGGACGUGUUUCUCGGGCAGUCGGAGGGAAGAAGAAGGAGAGGCGUGGAGGGGGAUGCCCCUGUGUCUCGCUUGCCUCCAGCAUCAACAAUGACAUCUUUCCCCCGACGCGGACAUUGUUAGUCACUGACAUAGAAACUUGUGGAACGCCGCUGUAAAAGAAAAUACAUAGGUUAGGUUCGCUUUUUAUGACAUACUUGUGAAAAGAAACUCUUGCCACUUCCCAGCACCUUGGCGUUUCCUGCUUUCCUCCAACGGCCUGUGUCGGUGCGACGGUUCACCUGGCUACACCGAAGUCAAGCUAGCUAACUGGUAACUGACACAAUGGAGUUCUGGUUCGGUUUAAGCUAACCGACCGUUGAACUUGCUUGUUUUUCAAGCGGACUUUUACCAACUAAUUUCGUUCACCCCUUUCUUUUUAAUUCAACAACAUGCCUUCGAGGAAAAGUUCACACAGCACGGCUGGCACCGGUACCAGUCUCCCGGAGCGGGGGCUGCUCCUGCUGAUGGUUCUGGUGCUGCUGUGGGGGUUCAUGUUCCCUCUUGGAGCUGCCAGCCCUCCGGAGAGCUGCAACACGGAAAAAUUGAACGAACAUAAAGCAACCGAGAAAGCACAUAACUACACUAAAAAGGCGUUUCCUGUGCUGAGCCUCGACUACGAACACAUACAGACCCCCUUUGAAAUCUCAUUAUGGGUGCUGCUGGCCUCUUUAAUGAAAUUAGGGUUCCACCUGAUUCCACGUCUGUCUGGUAUCGUGCCAGAGAGCUGCCUAUUGAUUACGGUGGGUCUGCUGGUCGGCGGGCUCAUCAAACUAGCUGGAGAACAGGUACCCCCCGUGCUGGACUCCAGAUUGUUCUUCCUCUGCCUGCUGCCACCAAUCAUCCUGGAUGCCGGCUACUUCCUGCCCAUCCGUCCCUUCAUGGAGAACCUCGGUACCAUCCUGAUGUUUGCUGUUGUGGGGACCUUGUGGAACGCCUUCUUCAUCGGUGGUCUGCUGUAUGCUGUGUGUCAGAUCCAGCCGGCCAAUCCAUCCAAUCUCCACCAGAUAGACCUGCUGCCCUGUCUGCUGUUUGGCUCUAUCAUCUCAGCUGUGGAUCCUGUCGCUGUGCUAGCUGUGUUCGAGGAGAUACACAUCAAUGAACUGUUGCACAUCCUGGUGUUUGGUGAAUCACUGCUCAAUGAUGCUGUCACUGUGGUGUUAUACCACCUGUUUGAGGAGUUUGCAGGUGCUGGCACGGUGACAGUGAUGGACUGUUUCCUGGGAGUCAUCUCCUUCCUGGUGGUUGCGUUGGGUGGCGUCCUAGUGGGAGCCAUCUAUGGGAUCCUGGCCGCCUUCACGUCACGCUUCACCUCCCACACACGUGUCAUAGAGCCACUUUUUGUCUUUGUGUACAGCUACAUGGCCUACCUGUCAGCUGAGAUGUUCCACCUCUCUGGCAUCAUGGCGUUAAUAGCAUGCGGAGCGGUGAUGCGACCCUAUGUAGAGGCCAACAUAUCCCACAAGUCCCACACCACCAUCAAGUACUUUCUGAAAAUGUGGAGCAGCGUCAGCGAGACACUGAUCUUCAUCUUUCUGGGCGUGGCCACGGUGGACGGACCUCACGCCUGGAACUGGACCUUCGUCACCGUCACUGUCAUUCUGUGUCUGGUGGCACGGGUCAUAGGUGUGGUUGGUCUGACCUUCGUGAUCAACAAGUUCCGCAUCGUCAAGCUGACCACCAAGGACCAGUUUAUUGUUGCCUACGGUGGCCUGCGAGGUGCCAUCGCUUUCUCCCUUGGCUUCCUGCUGAACAAGGAACACUUUGCCAUGAGAGAGAUCUUCCUCACUGCCAUCAUCACUGUGAUCUUCUUCACUGUCUUUGUUCAGGGCAUGACCAUCAAACCCCUGGUGGAGCUGCUGGCAGUGAAGAAGAAACAGGAGGCCAAGCGGUCGAUUAAUGAGGAAAUCCACACCCAGUUCCUGGACCACCUACUCACUGGAAUUGAGGACAUUUGUGGACACUACGGACACCACCACUGGAAGGACAAACUGAACCGCUUCAACAAGAAGUAUGUGAAGAAGUGCCUGAUUGCAGGCGAGCGCUCCAAGGAGCCACAGCUCAUCGCCUUCUACCACAAGAUGGAGAUGAAACAGGCCAUUGAGCUUGUGGAGAGCGGAGGGGGAGUGAAGCUGCCUUCUGCUGUGCCUUCCACAGUUUCCAUGCAGAACAUCCAGCCUAAGAAGCCUCCUCCUGCCAAACCUGCAGAGAGAGCGCUGCCCCAGCUGCCUAAAGGCCGAGAGGAGGAGAUCAGGAAAAUCCUCAGGAGUAACCUUCAGAGGACACGAAUGAGGCUGCGCUCCUACAACAGACACACUCUGGUGGCUGAUCCAUAUGAGGACGGCUUGGGUGACUUCCUUAUAAAGAAACAAAAGAUGAUCGAGCUGGAGAAGAAGAUAAAAGACAUGAAUAACUACCUGACGGUGCCUCCUGCUCCCCCUGACUCCCCCACCAUGUGCAGAGCCAGACUGGCCUCAGGCAGAGAUACUGAUUUCAAACCUGCUCAGCAGCAGAAAGGGGACAAAAACUGUCCAGACCCACAAGCCUACAGCAUAAAGCCGACGUCGGACAAUGUGCCGACCAUCCAGGUAGACCUGGCCUCUCCUCAGUCUCCAGACUCUGUCAACAUGAUGGAUGAGUUAAGACGGGCCGGCCAGCAGCAGGAUGAGGACCAAGGCCUGAUGAUGAAGCCUCCCUCAGGGCAGAGUGGACCUAACAAGCCAGGCGAGGGAGACGGAGGCAGAGACCAGCAGAAGCUUAUGAGGUGCCUGAGUGACCCCGGUCCCAGCGCGGACGAAGAGGAGGAUGAACCAUUUCUGCCUUGAUGUGGCAGACUGGAUACGGACGGGUCAGGCUGCAUGCCCACCUCCACAGAGGAGAGAGGGCUGCUUCACUGCUCUGCUCUAAGUAAUCUCUUUGGUUCAGAAACCAAACAAGCCAAAACUGCUAAUGCUGUACGAAACCAGAAACAAAAAGCAAAAGGAGACUGUAUGAAAAGAAAAAAAGAGCCAUUAGGUUAUUAUCAUUGCUCUUUAUUUUUUUAGACGGGAUCGGAACAGCAGUCGCUGCUAUCUGACAGAUGGUGGAGUUUAUGGUUGAUAGUCUAAGACAUUCAGGAAAGAACUAUGCAUUACCAAAGGUUUGGACUGUUUUAGUGUCAGAUAAUGUCAUUUUUACUUUAGUGUCAGACAGUUUUUCUUUUUUAAUGACUGUGUAGCUGUUGGGUUUUUAUGUUUGUUGAUGAUUUUUUCCAUUCUUCCUGUCUUCAAAGCUACAUUCUUUGAGACAUGCUGGGCCUCUCUAGUCCUAAAUUGCAUCAACAACGCAAACUGCUUCAAUCCAGUUUUCUUUUUCGAACAUAGCACUUGCGUUUUAAAGUGCUUGUUUUAAUUCAGUAUCUCACUGAAACUGCUCUUUCACUCUGUCACUUGAAAUUGCUGGAUAUUCAAACAUUUAGAGAGGCGGUGGUUUAAUAUCUUUGGCCUUAUUUUAUGUCAGACCUUUUCACUUGGUGCAUUUUUAUCUUUGUCUUUUUUGAAAAAUAUAUUUUUAAUUUCAGGGGUACUAACAUCUGUUUGCAAUCAGAGUUUGUUCCAGUGUGCGUGGGAUGUAGGUUAGAAGCUGGAUGUAUUUACUCUCUUCAUAAAAGAACCACAGUUCUUUGUAGUUGUGCUUACAGACCUGCGGCCUUGUCCUGCAGCAGCGGAGGGAAUUAUACGGACUUCAGAAAUCCCUCACUGCUGUAUAAAGAGGUUUGGACAAACAAACUUGAUUCUAAAAUAGUUAGGAUGCUGUGUAAAACGUUAAUAAAAACAGAAUGCAAUGAUUUGCAAAUUAUUUUCGACACAUAUUCAAUUCAAUACAAUACAAAGAUAAAAUAAUUAUAUUGUUUUUUGUAAAUUAUUAGGGACCAAGCAGGAGUUGUUGACAAAAUUGUGGGUUUUUAUUUACCCCCCCAAAAAAUGUGUGGAAAAAUUACAAACCAAGAAAUGAACAACUAGGCCUAUAAAAGAGGUCAACAUAACAUAACUAUACUUAAUAUAAUAACUUAACAAGGUGUUAACUGAACAAAUUGACCAUAUUACAGUGGGGUAACCAAAAUGGACGGCAACUACAAAAACUAACUAAACCCAAAUCCCCCCCAUGACAUGGCAGCACAUGGUUUGGUCCAAUGAGUUGGCGCCAGGAUUUAAGAAUUCUCAGCCACACGUUUUGCUCCACCAGGAAGGGACCUCCCCAAACAACCACGGUAACUCAUAGACAAAGGUACAGAUAAUUAAUAUCAAACAUCUUGUCUUUGUACUGUAUGCAAUUGAAUACAUGUCAGAAAGGAUUUGCACUCUUUGCAUUCUAUUUUUAUUUACAGUUUUAGGAAUCAGGGUCGUACAAACGUUGAGUGUUUGGGCAAGACAGGUUUUGAUGUCAGUGAUCAUGCUUCAUUCUCCAUGUUUUAUGUUAUAUGUUAUACCUUAGUUUUUGAACACCCUUUAAAACUCACUCAAGUAGGGGUGGAGUUGUUAGACUAGAUGUCUUUCUUAAUAUUGACUUAACGAAUAAGUGCCCAUCCAACAGUCACCUUCACACUCCUCGUAUAUUAAACUUUAGGACCACAUAAGCUGAUUUCAAUAUAUCAGAUCCAAAUGCUCACUUCCUUUGACAUGCCUGUUUGCAUUCUUCAGUUUAAUGGCCUUUACAAGAAGCAUUCCUGCUCUGCGUCACUGUUCAGUGUAUUACACGACAAGUGAAGGUUUGAUUUUACAGGAAUCCAUCAGCACCUCUUAACCUUCUUGAAAUGUUAGACUGUAGGCAUGUCAUGGCAAAAAAAAAAAAGUAAUUCUAUGCAGUAUAGAUGUGUAAGAUAUGUAAAUUAAUGAAAAUAUCCUAUAUUUAUGAAUACCCUUUAAAACUGAAGUCUUGUAAUCUUGUAAACAUGCAACACGUUGUGGCAAACCACAAAUUCAGAGCUUAGUUUAAACACGGGCAUUAAAAUAACUGGUCACAAAGGAGUUUUUGCACAUCUCACUGAAACGUUCACUGCAGGCAUGACGACACAGUCUUGAGUUUUGUCGAUACCAUAAAUCUUUCUUUACUGCAUACGGUUGUACAGUGUGUAAAAUACAUUGCACGUCUUUUUACGGGGCCGCUCAUUUAAGUGUAACGACCUGAGUCGGUUAAAGUUGUUAAUGUGAUCAUUUGCUGGUCCAUAUCCGUUUGAACACCUUGUGUGCCACAGCCAACAACAUGUAGAUUGUAAACCCACAAGUAUUCUUUCACCAAAGUCACUUGACGACAGAUGAGUGCAGUUUCUCCAUACAGGCCAUCCAAAGCACACACUGAAACACAGUCCUCCUCUGGGCGAGUCACUGCUCCAGUUUUCCGGCUGUGUUCUAGGUGUUAGUGGCCACUGAAUCCUUCCUGAUCCUCUUACAUCCAGAAGGCUCACAUUACAGCCGAGGGGAAGGAGCAGAAGAACAUGACAGGUUAUUGAGUUUCUUUAACUCCUCUUCUCUGUAAAUGGCUUGCUAUGGUUGCUGUAGCGAGGGUAAGAGGAUAUUUUGUCUGUGCACAAAUGCACUCAUGUAAAUCCGGGUGCGUAAAUGUGCAAAUAUGAGCGUACUUCUACUGUUGUCAAGCAUAUUUGGUCCCUUUUGCCCCUGACAAUUUCCCUGCUUCCCAAUUUCUAAAAGGAUAAUUACAGCUGAGAGUUGGGAGGGUCAAACCUUAAAGCUUCUCAUUUCCCUGUCUGGACCAAAUUGAAUUUACUGUCGGAAAUGUCAGCGUGUGUGACUGAGUGUCGCAGUGGAGGACUGCUGAAAAUGUCAACAAGGACGGGGUCAAAGAGAGAAGGGUUGUUUAAAACCCAGAAAUGACAAGCCAAACGACUUACAGCGCUUUCCCCCAUCUUCACAUCCUCCUUUUAUCGCUGCUUAAGGGACAGUGAUACUUACAUGCAGCGUUGAAUUUAUGAGGUUCUAAAAUGGUGUGUAAACUGCAGCUACAAGAAUCCCAGAGGACUGUUUCUCUCAAACUGUGAAUGGUCACUUAACGUGCUGCUGUUGGGGAAUAUUUCUAUAUCAUCUUCCCAGACGCUCUUUGAUUUGGCUUCUAUUUAAUGGCAAGUUGUUGCUCAUGUAACCCUUAACUGCCCUGCGGAGGUUUCAGGAAGGUUGCAGCAAGUAAUCAGUGUAUGAACUUACUUCCACUUGUGAAUUUAUGUAACUGUGUGAAUGCAAAGCGGGGUAUUUCAGAGCGUAUAUGCAUCACUCUCUGCAUAGAUGCUUAUUUUUUUGUGUCAAAAUAGAUGGUUAAGGGUCCGGUGUGAAAGGUUUAGGGGCGUCUGUUGGUAGAAAUUGUACAUAAUAAUUAUAACUGUGUUUUCAUUAGUUUAUAAUCACAUGAGAAUUACAAUUGUUUUUGUUACCUUAGAUUGAGCGGUUUAUAUCUAUGUACAGGGCGGGUCCACUUCUAGGGAGGAUAAAGCCCCUCGAGGUCUCCUGCCCGUUGGCACACAGGUCAAGUUUCAGUUUUGCAACCUCACCGUGAGAUGCCACCAAAUCUAUACACUGGACCUUUAACAUAACUUGAGACAUCAAAUCCCUGAGAACUUCACAUUAUCCCAAAGACUUUUAAUUUCUCCAAAAGAAAAUAAACACUAUUUUCAUACUUUUACUUUUAAAACCAAAUGAAUUGGGUUUUUUUCAGGCAAACAUUCUCAUACCUCAAAGGGAAAUGUUUGGUGCAGUGAACCUUAAUCUGAAGCCAUACAGCCUAUAGAAGAACCUAUGUCAUUGUAUUCAUAUAUUAUAAUGUCUCAUACACACGUCAUAUUUGCCUUUGUUUUGCUCAAAUGCUCAACUUUUACAUUUAAAUCGCUCGUGUCUUCAGGUGAAUGCUCACUGUUCUCAAUGUUCACAUGUUCACACUGGAUGUUUUUCUACAGUACUGAAUUCAUCAUGGCAGGUCUCUACGUUAAAUGUGUUGGACUGAACUACAACAACAACACUGUUGUCUCACCAGCAUUCACUUUAGCUUUAAAGUUUUACUUUGCAUCUGUUUGCUUUAUUAUGUGCUUUAAUUGUGUAACUGCUUUAAUGUGCGAUUACUUUUUUUUCUGGCUUUACAGGGAUAUUGAAGUCCCUUGCUUUAUUGUCAAGUGCUUUAUCUGGAUUCAUGUGCAUUACAUCACUCCAUGUGCUUUACAGAAGUUUUUAAUCUUCACUGUGGGUUUUUUUCCCAUCUCUUUCUUGUUUAUCUUUAACGGCGCUCCAGAGGCAUUUGUCACUCAAACUUUAAACUGUGGCGUUCAGGCUCGAGGAGAAAGAGGCUGAAUUUACCGCUUUAAACUCUAAUCAGUACAGCUUAUAAGCUUUCCGCUCAAAUUCUCCUUUUAGUUGGAUUGUUCCACUGGGAAAGUAAGGUGAAGGCAUCAAUUACAAUCAGCUCCACAAGACUCUUUACUUUAAAGUCACACUGGGGGUUUUGCAUGUUUUAGAUUUGUAUUUUAGUUGUGGUAUCCAGGCAGCCACUGGUUUCUAUCCAUUCACCAGAGCAUAACAGACUUUGUAAAUACUCUAUUAUAUUGCAGAUUCAUUUGAUAAACAAGGUUCACUUCUUUUUUUCCAGAUUUAUGAAACUCUCAUAUGUACAUGAAACAGUAGAUUCCAUGCUAAAGCUGUUUUAAUGGAAGUGAUGAAGGACAAUAUCCACAGUCCUCAUCCUAACCAAAGAUAAUACGAGACUUCAGCAGUCAGAGUUUGACAAACAAGUAGAUAUCUUCUGCUCUUUUUUGUAGUAUUUUUCUGUUUGUUAAACUCAGACUGCUUAGGGCUCAUAUUAUCUUCUGUGUUAAAUUGGAAGGCAUUUUUUGUGUUUGAGUCUGGAUUUUGUCUCCUGUCACUUACAUUGAAAUUGCCUUUAGAGAGGAUCUUUUAAAGGCCAGUAUGAGCAGGAGAAACUAUUGCAGCAACCAAAAACUGGAAAAAAAAAUGGAACCUAUGCCUUAAAAGUGAAACAAUAAAAUGAAAGGAAAUAAAUGGUUGCCAUAAAAUUAGGAAAACACAGAUCACAAAAUCCUCGACACUACUUCAGUAUGAUUUGAACAACUGUUAGGACUAAUUUGGAAACUAUAAGAGUUGUACUACAUGGGCUAAAAUAUACAAAAACACAAGUUUGUUCCUUUUUAAAGUGGAAACGGACGAUUUUUUCUCCCCUAGCGUCUCCAAGUGGUAUUUGUGCUGCUGUUGCAAAGACAACCAACAACGCAGUACACAUGCAUUCUCUUUCCCACAGUUACUUCAAGUUUCCCCCAUCUGCCAUAUCCGCUACUGGGGUGAGUAACUGCAAAGAACUUACUUUGAAAUGCUUUGGUAACUAGGGAUAGCCGCUGAUAGCUACCAGGGAAACUAAAGUGUUAUCCUCUGCCUGUUUUGGUUGUGCAGUAGUUGGCACACUUCCUUUGUGCCGUAAAUUGAGCCUUUUCCUGGUAGAUCUUACCCAGUAGCAGAGAGACUUGCAUAGUGAAAGCGAGACUUAUAGGGAACCAAUCUAAACUCUGAUGAUGUCAUUACUCUGUGGCCAUUACAUUGUGCAAUCAACAUUAACGUCGUAAUGAUAAGUUAAAGCAAAAACACGUGUCUGUUUCCACUUUAAGUACUGAAAGAUUUGACCAGCCCAGCAGUGACAGACUACCGUUAUGUUACGGAUGAACAGUUGAUUCUCUCCAAUUACACAGGCAGUAAUUACAGUGUGACUCACAAACGCACGUCAUCAACAUAAUGACCCCUGCGGUGUUGUUACUCCACCACCCAGAGACUGUUUUCCUCCCUCGGUUACCUCAUCGUUCUCCACCGUUUCACACCACACGAGCACUUUAACGAAGCUGUACCUUUAUCUCAUAAUGGUGAUGUUAAAGAGAGCAAUAAGUGGCUUUAAUGUAGUGUACACAUCGUGCAUGGUCAUCAGGUGACGCAUCAUGGGGAAAAGAACUGUACUUCAUGAUGGGCCUUAUAAACAGGAGUGUGUCUGGGGGGUUUUAGUCAUAAAGAAGAGAAGCUGGGGUUUAAAUCCUUGUGAAUGCCAUGCUAUGACUCGAUAAAAGAGUGAAUUUUAUUUCCCUUUUGUUCAUUGUUUUGUUUUCUUUAUCUUCAUGUGUAUGAAUUUGUGUGUGUCAGUCAAUUAUUUGCGGUUUGCAAAUUUAAAUUUUGCAAUAAUUAAGAGGUUUUUUAUUUUAUAUACACAUAAAUGGGAAUAUAGAUAUAAAUAUAUAUAGAAAAAGAAAAAACGUACGUAUUAGAAAUUUAUGAUAAUGUAUAAAUCAGAAUCUGAAAGAUAACAAGUGUGCACUCUCUUGUUGAUUAAUCUUUAGAUUUCAGCAUUCCAUUCCUGUAAUGAACCGUAAAACUAACAACCAGAAAUGAAACUACAUCAGAAACUAUAUACCAAAUUAAAGUUUUACUUUAUAGCAA